CGACGACAGAGGAAGCAAAAGGAGAGUCAACGCAAUAGGGUGAAGCAUGCAGGAUAAGUUUGCCGCCGUUAAGGAGGCUGUGGAGGAGGAAGACGUGGAGGAGGGUCCUAAAACCAACACCAUCAUCUCCGUUCUUGACCGACUCUCCAAGGCAAAGCUUCCUCAUGAUAUCGUGGAGUUCAUCCGGCAAUCAACAACGAAUUAUGGCAAAGUGAAGCUGGUGCUGCAGAAGAACCGCUUCUUUGUGGAGUCUCAGAUUCCACAUAUUUUGAAAAGACUGCUUCAGGAUGAUGUUAUUGCAAAAGCUCGAAUUAUCAGAGAAGAGCCAUUACCAGUGGCAAUGGGGGUUGAUGACGAGGGUUUGAACGUAGGAAUUGCGCCAGCGGAGAUGCCAGGUCCGGAUCGGGAACUUCUGGGAGAGGACAAUCUUGCUGAUCCACUCGACAAAGAGAUUCAUUCCUUUGAAGUGGACCCUGAUCAGGUUGAGCACGUCAAACAAAGGUGCCUUCCCAACGAGCUCAAUUUCCCAAUGCUGGAGGAGUACGACUUCAAAAAUGACACUAUUAAUCCUGAUUUGGAUAUGGAGAUCAAACCAAUGACGACUGUGCGCCCAUAUCAGGAGAAAAGCCUCUGCAAGAUGUUUGGGAAUGGCAGAGCACGGUCAGGUAUCAUUGUGCUUCCUUGUGGUGCUGGAAAGUCUCUUGUGGGCGUGUCGGCAGCAGCCCGAGUUAAGAAAAGCUGCCUUUGUCUGGCCACAAACUCUGUGUCAGUUGAUCAGUGGAGGCUGCAGUUCAAACUGUGGUCAACGAUCAAAGAUGAGCAGAUCAUUCGUUUCACAUCUGAAAGCAAGGAAAAACUCCCCUCUGGGCCUGUGGUAGUGGUGACCACCUUCAACAUGAUUGCAUUUGGAGGUCAUCGAUCUGAAGACUCGGAGAAGAUCAUUGAGGAGAUUCGCCAGCGUGAAUGGGGCUUGCUACUGAUGGACGAGCUCUACGAGGCAAACUGGAUUGAUCUUGUCCGUGGCGGGUUUAUAGCAAACGUCCAGUGCGCAGAGGUGUGGUGUCCCAUGACUAAGGAAUUCUAUGCUGAGUACCUGAAGAAGGAAAACACCAGAAAAAGACAGGCUCUGUAUGUCAUGAACCCAAACAAGUUCCGGGCGUGUGAGUUUCUCAUCCGAUACCAUGAGCAGCAACGGCGUGACAAGAUCAUUGUGUUCUCUGAUAACAUCUUUGCACUCAGGGAAUAUGCAAUGAAGCUGAAGAAGCCUUUCAUUUAUGGGCCUACAAGCCAUAAUGAGAGGACACAGAUCCUGUAUGCAUUUAAACACAGCCCAGAUGUCAAUACGAUCUUCCUCUCCAAGGUUGGUGAUAACUCCAUUGAUAUCCCUGAAGCAAAUGUCAUCAUUCAGAUUUCUUCUCACGCUGGUUCGAGGCGACAGGAAGCACAGCGACUUGGUCGUAUUCUUCGAGCAAAGGGAAAACCCAAGGACCGAAUGGCUGGAGGCGCCGAGGAGUUUAAUGCUUUCUUCUACUCGCUUGUGUCGAAUGAUACGCAGGAGAUGUACUAUUCCACCAAGCGACAACAGUUUUUGAUCGAUCAGGGAUACAGCUUCAAGGUUAUCACAGGACUACCCCCUCGUGAUGCAGGGCAGGAUCUCUGCUUCGGAUUACGAGAAGAACAGCUAGAUAUGCUCAGAAAGGUUUUGGCAGCGGGAGAAGAAGAAGCCGGGCUUGAGAAGCUGGCUGAGGACGAAGACGACAUUAACCGAUAUAAGACAAUGGCGUACCGAACAAAUAAAUCUAUGGCCAACAUGUCUGGUGCAGAUGGCAUGAUGUACAUGGAGUACAGCACUGGGCGUGGUGGUCCGAUGAAGGGAAGUUUCGCACGGGGAAUGGGCCCGAAGAAAGACCCAAACCGGCAGCGGCAUUCACUUUUCAAGAAGAGGUUCACCGCCAAAUAAUGACCGUGGAUGACGGCUCUCUUUCUUCUUGGCUCUGUUCGGUCACUGUGUCAGUGCGAUAUCACGACACAAGGAUGUGUCCAUAGGUAGAUCUCAGAGAGAGAGAGAGAGAGAGAGAGAGUUCUUUCGAUCCAUUUUGACGAGUUUACGAGUGUUCGUUGCUGUCUUUGUUUUUUUUGUUUUCUUUGAAGUUUGUUGAUCCAUUGGUUCUGUACAGUAUAAGCACGUGAAUUGAGAAUUCCUCGACUCAACUGUUACUUUCUCCAGCAUUGUGGAGAGACUGUUCCUUCUGUGAAACUUCGGAAGUCAAGGUGUUGUUUCACUUCUUGCAGUUUGCCCUUGACCGUACUAUUCCAAAUGCUUCCAUGUCCCUGUCCCUCGCACCAUCCCCAUUUGUUGACUUUGUUGAUCCUCGACUUCUGAGUCUGGCGCAAAAAAAUACUAAAAAUUCCUUAAUCCUCAGUUAUGACAAACAACUGAAGACUGAGCAGUGGAAGCAAGCAAUUGAAGUAGAGACUGAGCAAAUCAAUUGGCCAGUUGUUA